AUGCAUCGUAUUCUUAUUGUUUUAUCUUAUGUUAUUUUCAUAAGUUCUAUCAAUGGAGCUUCGUUACAAUUAUCAACAUCAAUUGAUAGUGAUGCCGUUGAAUUGAGUAACUUAGUGGAAAAGUUUUGGUCUUCAAAACCUGCUGAAAUUAACAAAGUACAACCAUUUAUAUAUUGCAAAGUUUUAGACACAUGCUGCGAAGAAAAACAACGUCAAGAAGCAAUACCCUUGUUUUUUACAGCGUCUUUCGAUAUCGAUGAUAGAAAUCGUUUUCAAGAAAUUGUUGGAUCAUGUGUUAAUUCAACAGAGCAGAAUGGAAGAGAUAAAUGGUGUCAAACAUACUCUCAAGAGAUGAUCUCACCUUGGGAUCUUCGGUCAAAUUCCAAAGUAAUACAGUUUGGGCAACUGUUGAUGAAAUUUGACAAAAAAAUCACCAUAUUCGAUAUGGGUACAACGGAAGUUUGCGACGACGAAGAAAAGUAUGCGUUUAUGUGUCAAUCUAACAAGAAAUCAAUCCAAAGAUGUGUUGGUAAACUUCUUCAAAACGCAAUUAAGCGCUUUGAUCGCAAGACUUAUGAAGAACUUGUAAUGGAAAAUAAACAAGCACUUAUCGAUAUUAAUGAAGAAUGGUCUGCAAUAUCUACUAGAAAUUAA